GGUUUCGAGCCUGUCCCUGGCGCCUGGGAGGAGACCCUUCGGUUCCGCGCUGCUCCCGUCUCCCCUCCCCAGAGCAAGAUCCAGGAUGAGAAGACUGAUAGAAGAAGAAGCUAGCUGAACAGCUAUAAAAUGCCCAAAUCUGGGUUUGCAAAACCAGUUCAGAGUGAAAAUUCUGACAGUGACAGCAAUAUGGUAGAGAAGCCAUAUGGAAGAAAGAGUAAAGACAAGAUUGCAUCUUACAGCAAAACUCCAAAAAUUGACCGAAGUGAUGUCGGCAAGGAGAUGAAGGAGAAAUCAUCCAUGAAACGUAAACUUCCUUUUACUAUUAGCCCAUCACGAAAUGAAGAACGAGAUUCAGACACAGAUUCAGACCCAGGACAUACAAGUGAAAAUUGGGGGGAGAGACUUAUAUCUUCUUACAGGACAUAUUCAGAGAAAGAAGGUCCAGAAAAGAAGAAAACAAAAAAGGAAGCUGGAAAUAAGAAAUCCACACCAGUUAGCAUUCUUUUUGGUUAUCCACUAUCUGAACGAAAGCAGAUGGCACUUCUUAUGCAGAUGACAGCAAGAGACAACAGUCCAGACUCCACACCAAACCAUCCAUCACAAACAACAGCAGCCCAAAAGAAAACUCCCAGUUCUUCAUCUCGACAAAAAGAUAAAGUUAAUAAAAGAAAUGAGCGUGGUGAAACUCCUUUACACAUGGCAGCUAUUCGAGGAGAUGUGAAACAAGUCAAAGAAUUAAUAAGUUUAGGAGCAAAUGUGAAUGUGAAAGAUUUUGCAGGUUGGACACCACUGCAUGAAGCUUGCAAUGUUGGAUAUUACGAUGUUGCUAAGAUACUUAUAGCAGCUGGAGCAGAUGUUAACACACAAGGAUUAGAUGAUGACACUCCACUCCAUGAUUCUGCCAGUAGUGGGCACAGAGAUAUAGUGAAACUGUUGCUUCGUCAUGGUGGAAACCCAUUUCAAGCUAAUAAACAUGGGGAGCGCCCAGUGGAUGUAGCAGAAACAGAGGAAUUGGAGUUAUUGCUAAAAAGAGAGGUGCCUUUGUCUGAUGAUGAUGAAAGUUAUACAGAUUCUGAAGAGGCUCAGUCUGUCAAUCCAUCUAGUGUUGAUGAAAAUAUUGAUUCUGAAACAGAAAAGGACUCUCUCCUCUGUGAAAGUAAACAGAUUCUUCCCAGUAAAGCACCUCUUCCAUCUGCCCUAGAUGAAUAUGAGUUCAAAGACGAUGAUGAUGAAGAAAUAAAUAAAAUGAUUGAUGACAGGCAUAUUCUUAGGAAAGAACAACGAAAAGAGAAUGAAUCUGAAGCAGAAAAGAGUAGUUUAUUUGCAAAACAAGAGAAAUCCUUCUAUUCUAAAUCAUUUAAAAGUAAAAAACAAAAAUCUUCUAGGGUUCUGUAUUCAAGUACUGAAAGUUCUGAUGAAGAAGUUCUUCAGAACAAAAAGGUUUCUACUGCAUGUUCUAUCCCUGAAACAUCAAAUUCUGAUAUACAAACAAAAAAGGAAUAUGAAUAUAAGCAGAAAGGCAAAGUUAAAAGAAAAUUAAAAAACCAGAACAAAAAUAAAGAAAACCAAGAGUUAAAGCAAGAAAAAGAGGGAAAAGAAAAUACCAGAGUAACAAACUUGACAGUUACUACUGCACUAGAUUGUCCAGAAAAGACCAGAGAGGAGGGGAAUUUCAGGAAAUCUUUUAGUCCAAAAGAUGAUACUUCAUUACAUUUAUUUCAUAUUUCUACUGGUAAAUCUCCCAAACAUUCUUGUGGAUUGAGUGAAAAACAGUCAACACCCCUGAAACAAGAACAUACUAAAACAUGUUUAUCUCCAGGAAGCUCUGAAAUGUCAUUACAGCCUGAUCUUGUUCGGUAUGAAAAUACAGAAUCUGAAUUCUUGCCUGAAAGUUCCUGUGUAAAAUCUUAUAAGCAUAAGGAAAAAAACAAACAUCAGAAAGAUUUUCACUUAGAAUUUGGUGAAAAAUCAAAUACCAAAUUGAAGGAUGAAGAUCAUAGUCCAACAUUUGAAAAUUCUGAUUGUACACUGAAAAAAAUGGAUAAAGAGGGCAAAACACUGAAAAAACAUAAAUUGAAACAUAAAGAUAGAGAAAAAGAAAAGCACAAAAAAGAAAUUGAAGGUGAAAAGGAAAAAUAUAAAAAUAAGGAUGGCACUAAGGAACUGCAGAGGAGCAUAGAAUUUGAUAGAGAAUUUUGGAAAGAGAAUUUUUUUAAAAGUGAUGAAACUGAAGAUCUGUUUUUAAAUAUGGAGCAUGAGUCCUUAACAUUAGAAAAAAAAUCAAAAUUGGAAAAAAACAUAAAAGAUGAUAAACCAACUAAGGAAAAGCAUACCUCAAAAGAGAGGAACUUUAAAGAAGAACGGGAAAAGAUUAAGAAGGAAAGUGAGAAAACUUUCAGGGAAGACAAGAUAAAAGAUCUAAAGGAAGAAAGAGAAAAUGUACCUACAGAUAAAGAAACAGAAUUCAGUUCUUCAUGUUUAAUUUUAAAUGAGGAAUCUGUAGGGCUACAUUCAAUAGAAAAGGAAAUGGACAUUGAAAAACAAGAAAAGCAUACAAAAGAAAGUAAGGAAAAAUCUGAGAAACGAUUUCCAACUAAAGAGAAAGAUGUUGAAAAGACUGAAAGAAAAAAUUCUGAAAAAGAGAAGAAGAUAAAACAUGAGCAUAGGUCAGAAAAAGAAAAAUUAGAUUUUAGUGACUGUGUUGAGAGAAUAAAAGAAAAGGACAAGCUAUAUUCACAUCACACAGAAAAAUGCUAUAAAGAAAGUGAGAAGAUUAAAAAUAGUACUACUAAAAAAACUGAUGACAGAGAGAAAAAUAGAGAAAAGAUGGAUAGAAAACAUGACAAAGAAAAAACUGAAAAAGAGAGGCAUUUAGCAGAAAGCAAAGAAAAACACUUAGAGAAAAGAAAUAAACAAUCAGAUAACAGUGAGUAUGCUAAAUCAGAAAAAGGCAGAAGUAAAGACAAAGACAGGGAAGUAGAUAAAAAGGAAAAGUCCAGAGACAAAGAAAGUAUAAAUAUAGCUAACUCCAAACACUUAAUGGAAGAGAAAAAGUCAAGUACAUUAGACAGUAGUAGUAAAGCACAACAUGAGAAAACUUUAUCCCUUAAAGAAAAAACAAAAGAUGAACCUUUGAAAACACCAGAUGGAAAAGAAAAAGAUAAAAAAGAUAGAGAUAUAGAUAGAUACAAAGAACGAGACAAACAUAAAGAUAAAAUCCAUCUAAAUAGUUUACUCAAAUUAAAAUCUGAAACAGAUAAGUCUAAAUCUAAAUCUUCACCAGCAUCAAAAGAUAUUCGACCCAAAGAAAAGAGGUUAGUGAAUGAUGAUUUAAUGCAGACAAGUUUUGAACGAAUGCUUAGCCUUAAAGACCUAGAAAUAGAACAGUGGCAUAAAAAACAUAAGGAAAAAAUUAAGCAAAAAGAAAAGGAACGAUUAAGAAAUCGAAAUUGUUUAGAAGUUAAAGUGAAAGAUAAAGAAAAAGCAAAACAUGCCCUAGUUGAAUCCAAAAACAAGGAGCUUAGUAGGUCAAAGAGUUCAGAACUUGUUGAUGCUUAUACCAAGGAGAAACAGUCUAAAGAUGCAGUUAGUAAUAGAUCACAAUCUGUUGACACCAAAAAUGUAAUCACUUUAGGGAAGUCAUCUUUUGUUUCAGACAGUAGUUUAAACAGGUCUCCUAGAUCAGAAAGUGAAAAGCCCGGUCUCAGCUCCAGAUCUGUAUCCAUGAUUUCUGUUGCUAGUUCAGAAGAUUCCUGCCAUACUACCAUGACAACUCCAAGGCCUCUGGUUGAAUAUGACUCUGACUUUAUGUUAGAGGGUUCCGAGUCCCAAAUGUCAUUUUCCCAGUCACCAUUUUUGCCAAUUGCCAAAUCUCCUGCCCUUCACGAUAGGGAGUUGGACAGCCUUGCUGAACUGCCAGAACGGAUUAAACCAUCAUAUGCUAAUAGACUUCCAGCAUCCCAUCUCAGGUCAUCUUCUGUAGAAGAUGUUAAACUAGUUAUAAAUGAGGGGAGACCUAUUGUAGAAGUUCGAAGAUGUAGCAUGCCAUCUGUCAUUUGUGAACACACGAAACAAUUCCAAACAGUAUCAGAAGAAAGCAAUCAAGGUAGCUUAUUAGCUGUGCCAAGAGAUAUUUGCCCUUCUCCCAAACCUGAGUUAUCAUCAAAUGUGCCUGAAAAAGACCUCUCAAAUGUAUCUAACAUACAUUCCAGUUUUGUAACCUCUCCAACUAGAUCUGUAAACAGCAGAUAUAUUUCAACUGAUAUAAAUGUAAUCAAGAAUACUGCUCCAGUCGGUGCCAUGGACAGUCCUGUGCAUGUGGAACCAUCUAAUCAGGUUGGUGUGAUCCAGAAUAAAUCAUGGGAGAUACCUGUGGAUAGACUAGAGUCACUAAGUGCUGGUGACUUUAUCUGCACAAAUACUAGUAUACCUGAUCAAGAUUCCUCUGUUCCGGGUUUUUGUAAUUCAGAAAACAAAGUAUUGAAAGAACAUCAUACUGAUUUUUUAUCUCUUCACCAGACUGAACUGCCAGGAAACUCUUGUGCUCAGGAUGCAGCAUCCUUUCUUCCUUCACAGCAACCUUGCUCUUUCCCCAGUCAGUCACUUUCAGAUGCUGAAUCUAUCUCCAAACAUGUGUCUUUGUCAUAUGUUGCCAAUCAAGAGCCCAGUAUUUUACAACAGAAAAAUACUGUACAAAUGAUCACUUCUGUUCUGGAUACUGAUAACGAAUCUGCAAAAGAUAUGGAAAAUAGUUUCAUUCUAGCAGAUGUCUCAGUGUACUCUGAAAGCACUAGUCAAGAAGCAUCACCAAAUUUUGAUAAAGCUAACACUUUGUCUAUAUUACCAUCAGAAAAAGAUUUUAACGUAAGUGAUACCUCCUCUCAGCUAAAUACACAUUAUGCAUUUAGUAAACUAGCUUAUAAAUCUUCCAGUGGCCAUGAAGUUGAAAACAGCUCACCUGACAUUCAGGUUAUUUCACAUGAAAAAGAGAACAAAUUGGAGAGUUUGGUUUUAUCUCAUUUGAAUAAGUGCGAUUCUGAUUUAUGUGAAAUGAAUGUAGGGAUGCCAAAAGGAAACCUAAAUGAACAAGAUAAUCCAAAACAUUGUCCUGAAAGUGAAAAGUGUUUGCUUUCCAUUGAAGAUGAAGAAUCUCAACAAAGCACUUUAUCAAGUCUGGAGAACCACUCGCAGCAGUCAGCUCAGCCAGAAAUGCAUAAAUAUGGUCAAUUAGUCAAAGUAGAAUUAGAAGAAAAUGCUGAAGAUGAUAAAACUGAAAACCAGAUCCCUCAAAGAAUGACUAGAAACAAAGCAAAUAUGGUGGCAAAUCAAAGCAAACAACUUCUUUCUAGUUGUGCACUGUUGCCAGAAAAAGACAGUGAAUCUUCAUCUCCUAGGGGAAGAAUAAGAUUAACUGAAGAUGAUGAUCCUCAGAUUCACCAUCCUCGAAAAAGGAAAGUGUCCCGUGUACCUCAGCCUGUGCAAGUGAGUCCUUCUUUACUACAAGCAAAAGAGAAAACACAGCAAUCUCUGGCAGCCAUUGUAGAUUCUCUGAAACUAGAUGAGAUUCAGCCAUAUAGUUCCGAGAGAGCAAAUCCAUAUUUUGAAUACUUGCACAUAAGGAAAAAAAUUGAAGAAAAGCGCAAAUUAUUGUGUAGUGUUAUUCCUCAAGCACCUCAGUAUUAUGAUGAAUAUGUAACAUUUAAUGGAUCAUACCUCCUGGAUGGAAACCCUUUAAGCAAGAUUUGUAUUCCCACAAUCACACCACCACCUUCUCUGUCAGAUCCACUUAAAGAGCUUUUUCGGCAACAAGAAGUUGUAAGGAUGAAACUACGUUUGCAACACAGUAUUGAAAGGGAAAAGCUUAUUGUAUCCAAUGAACAGGAAGUUCUCCGUGUUCAUUACAGAGCUGCAAGAACAUUGGCAAAUCAGACACUGCCAUUUAGUGCUUGUACUGUCUUACUGGAUGCAGAAGUGUAUAAUGUACCAUUGGACUCUCAGUCUGAUGACAGUAAAACUUCUGUGAGAGAUCGCUUUAAUGCAAGACAGUUCAUGUCUUGGUUACAAGAUGUGGAUGAUAAAUUUGACAAAUUAAAGACCUGUCUUUUAAUGAGGCAACAACAUGAAGCUGCAGCUUUAAAUGCUGUCCAGAGAUUAGAAUGGCAGCUCAAACUCCAGGAACUUGACCCUGCCACCUAUAAAUCUAUCAGCAUUUACGAAAUUCAGGAAUUCUAUGUUCCCCUUGUUGAUGUUAAUGAUGACUUUGAAUUGACUCCUAUAUAGCAGUUAUAACAUCUUGGUGGUGUUGUUCUAAACUGAUGAUGCUCAAGCAUUAUACUGUGGAAUACUGCCUUUUGACAAAAAUACUGAUAUUAUGCCUUUACAGUUGUUCGUAAAAUUGGAUUAAAGUUGGUUAUGUAGUAAACACUGUCAUUUUAUAAAAAUGAGAAAUAUUUUGGAUCCUAGGUCCAAACACAGUUUCUAACAGAAAACUAUUAUUUAUAUUGAUGAAAGGUUACUAUUGGUUAAAGCAUGUUGGCAGACUGUAGUAGAUAUUUAAAAAGUUGAGAAUCUGCUAACAGCGCUGGAAGUUGUUAGCACUCUUUCGUCACAAGAUAACCAAUAGUAUUCAGAUCUCUUUCAGGUUUUAUUAAAAAUUUAUCAGUAAACUAAAAAGUUCCAUUACUACCAAAUAGUUUCUAAUAUGGAAGAAAAACUUGGCACAAAAUUUCUUCAGUUUAUUAUAUCUGUAAAUUAAUUGUAUAGUUUUCUUUUUGAAAGUUUUAAUAUUGUCUUCCUUUUUAAUAACUUAUUUUAUACAUAUUGUGCAGAUGUACAUCUUGUAAUUAAUGGUCAAAAUGUGUAUACAAAGGGAUUGGUAGUCAAAACAUGUACAAAGAAAUAACUGUAAAACUGUUUUGUCUAAUGCUUUAUUGGACCAAAGUUGUAGUUUGUAAGGAGUGUACUAGCAGUGUGUUCAGGUAGCAAACCUUUAAAUAAGGCAUGCAUGUGUUUGAGUUAGCUUGUUUUCAUCAUCAUAACUGUAAAGAUUGUGAGUUAAUUGUAUUGCAUGCUUCCUAUAAUUUAAUUCUGUCCAUAUUGAUGCCUGGAACAGUGUGAGGCGUUUCAUACUCGUCUCUUGUGAUAGAACCUGUGACUUACUGUGUUGGACACAUUAUUUAGAAUUAGUCAAAUGAAGAAGCUCAGCUCUUUUUUCAUCUCACAGUAGAGCCUAUUUCCUGCUGGAACAACAACAAAAAUGCCUUUGAAUGAAAAUUGUAAAUGUCUAUUUUAAUACUCAACUAUGAAAGAAUCUGUGAAUAUAUGUAAAUAUGUUUAAUAAAUUUUAUUGGUCAUGUUAAAUCAUUGUAAAACUUUUUUACAUUGCUUAAAUUUAAUGUUUUAAGCUUAAUAACCUUUGCACUUUUAAAAUAAAAACUGAGUACUUAAAAAGAUAUUGCUAGUCAAAAUAAGCAAAAGCUUCUUAGAAAUAUUCCAAUUGAUCUCUGGAAUGUUUAUGAAAGAUUAAUAUGUUAAGUAUUUUUCCUUGUGUAUCAAGAUGCAAGACAUAAUUUGCAAAAUUUUAUAAUUAAGAUUUGGUAUGCUGUUUUAUAAUAAUUAGCAAUAUGCUUAGAAAAAUCCAGUUUCUCCUAUAACAUAGAUAAAAUAUUCAGGACUAUUUCAGAUCUAAAACCUGCUGCUGAACUUGGAGAACAUUUUUGAAAGGAAAAUUAGCUUAGUGUAAAAUUCAUCAUAAGUAUAUGAGAUGGAGUUUAUGAAACUUUCCACAGUACUUUCUUGAUUUAUAAAAUAACACUGGAUGUUUUUAAAAACUAAAAAGAAAAUAUGAGGAAUGAAGGUGGUUUAAAUUCAACUUUCAAGUUGAAAAUGCCAGCUAUUGGGAGAGAAUGUCAAAAUGUUUUUGAGUGCAAAGGUACAUAUUAAGCUUAGGGAUUUUUGAAUUUUUACAUCAGUUUCUAUUUUCAUUCUUACUGUACUUAGCAUGCGCAAUAAAGCAGCACGUGUAAAAAAAAUACACAGUGCAAGGACUUUAUUAUAAAAGUUGGAUAUAGUUUGUUUUGUUUAGAAAUUUAGGUGAGCAAUGUUGGCCUUUUUUAUUGGAUAAAUCAGGCCAGAAAGGCAGGGUAGAUUUUGAAGCACUGGUUUUGUUGAAGUUAAGUUUAUUAAGGCUGGGAACAUUAAAAGCUAAUUUAUAAAAGCAAUACUUUUUAAUAGGAAAAACUUACUGCAACCUUUAUUUAUACUUUCACCUCAAAAGAAAAUUUGAUGGGAUCAUGUGGAAAGUCAUAAAAUAUAAACUCAGAUUAUUAAGCAUUGAAGUGAUGAAAAAUAAAACAGAUAAAUGUAUAGAGCAUUUUGUUCUGAUGGUCCAGCUAGAGAAAAGGUAGGGGGAAAUAUCACUGACCAAACAGAACAAGCUGUAGAAGAAAAAAAGCAAACAAGCAGGAAUCUGGCAAAUGUCAGUCAUCCCAGCUUUUUAGUCUUAACCACAGUACUCCCCCUUUCAAUGGUACCUCAAAAAGCUGGAGCCUCUGCCAUGAUUCUACUUCUACAGAUUUUCUCUGUAAGGUGACUAAAAGCUUAUCAGGAUAGCAUAAAAGAAACAUUGCUGCCUUCUUAUUGGAAAUUUAUAAUCAAGUAAAUAGUUAAGGGCUCUUGAUAUUAAAGAUAUUCUGAAGCUCCGAAGUACCAGGAAAAAAAAAAACUUGGAAUGGGGUAUAUACCUAAAAAGGUUCUGGAUUCUGAAAGAAAAAUAAAUGAUGGUUAGAUUAAUCAGUGAUUCUUUUUAAACUAUUCAAAUAUCAUGAACAAGAUACUAAAUUGUACCUAAGGAUUUGUAUUUCUUUAAAUCUUGUUCUAAAUCAUAUCUGUUUAAUAAAUGACUAGUUGAUAUUUGUGCAUGUUAUUUAAUAAAGAGUUAUAUUUUUAUAG